CGGUCGAUGGGAGGCCGACGUCAGCCUGCCAGCGGAGGAGUGGAUGGCCUCUGUAAUAAAAAUACACCGAGAGAAUUGAGGAAAAGGAGAAGAUUGGCCGGGGGGGAAAGGCAACAGCGCGGCGUCUCUUCCUUUCUCCUCAUCCCGCCGCCCAGCCGCGGUCGUGUCCACCUUUUCGCGUCGAGCCGGGAGCCGAACCCGCCGCGCCAUGGAGAGCUCCGGCCGAAGCGCAGCCUCGCGCGCGGCUUUCUUGGUUUUUUGAGGCAGACAGAGGGAGAGAUAACUGUACUGUAUCUCAGCCUAGCGGAUUGGAGUGAAAGUCCGCCAUAUUUCUGCCUUACCACGCCCGGGAGUGGAGCCGCUGGAAAAUAAACGGACAGCUUUAUCCGUGCGUGUUUUUUUUUUUCCUGGUUCGCCUUCGUCCGCGGACGGUGACUUGAGCUCCGGGGAUUUUUUUUUCCUCCUUCCUUUUUUUUUUUUCCACAAAUAUCAACCUCGAAGACUUUGAAAAGGGGGGAGAGAGGGCUGCUCCGGGGGGGAACGGAUGACAAUGCUUAACGAGAUCACCCAGAGCCGUACGGAGGAUGUGUUUUAAAGGGAUCUGUUGAUCAUAUUGAGACGGGAAAGCAGAUUACACCAAUUAAAGACCGCACACACACUCAGCGGAGACCUGCCCUCGACACUGUUUUUAAGCUGUCGGGAGGCCCGGAAAGCCAAGCGAGGCGAACCGCGGGGAGGGGGGUGGAGGCUGUCAAUAAUUUCUCAAAUUUUUCUAAUUUCGCCCCCCUCCCUCCCUUCCAGACUCAUUAUUAUAAGGGCGUCCGCGCGCGAUUCCACCGCGAGCGGGCCUGGAUGAGGUCGCUGUUUGUUUGUUUGUUUUCUUCUCCGACACCCCGACGGGAUCUGAAAUCUGGAUGAAUCAGUAGGAGGAAAGCCCAGAAAAAAGUGCGUGUUUUUGUCGGGGGGGUGGGGGGCGGGGUCGGGGGGCGACGGCAGAGAGAAUGACCCUGGAGUCCAUAAUGGCGUGUUGCCUCAGCGAGGAGGCGAAAGAAGCGCGGCGGAUCAACGACGAGAUCGAGAGGCAGCUCCGCCGGGACAAGAGGGACGCGCGCCGGGAGCUGAAACUGUUGCUUCUCGGCACUGGGGAAAGUGGGAAGAGCACGUUCAUCAAGCAGAUGAGGAUCAUCCACGGAGCCGGAUACUCCGACGAGGACAAGAGAGGCUUCACCAAACUGGUGUACCAGAACAUCUUCACGGCCAUGCAAGCCAUGAUCCGAGCCAUGGAGACGCUUAAGAUCCCCUACAAAUAUGAGCACAACAAGGGUAACGCCAACAUCGUGAAAGAGGUGGACGUAGAAAAGGUCACCAUGUUCCAGAACCCUUAUGUAGAUGCAAUCAAAAGCUUAUGGAACGACCCGGGUAUCCAGGAGUGUUACGAUCGGAGGAGGGAAUACCAGCUCUCCGAUUCUACUAAAUAUUACCUGAAUGCGUUGGACAGGAUCGCAGAGUCGUCGUAUCUUCCCACCCAGCAAGAUGUGCUGAGGGUUCGAGUCCCAACCACGGGCAUUAUUGAAUACCCGUUUGACCUGCAGAGCGUCAUAUUCAGGAUGGUGGACGUCGGAGGUCAGAGGUCAGAGAGGAGGAAGUGGAUCCACUGCUUCGAGAACGUCACGUCCAUCAUGUUCCUGGUCGCGCUCAGCGAGUACGACCAAGUUUUGGUGGAGUCAGAUAACGAGAACCGGAUGGAGGAAAGUAAAGCACUCUUUAGGACAAUAAUCACGUACCCCUGGUUCCAAAACUCGUCGGUCAUUCUGUUCCUCAACAAGAAGGACCUGCUGGAGGAGAAGAUCAUGUACUCCCACCUGGUUGACUACUUCCCAGAGUAUGAUGGCCCUCAGAGAGACGCCCAAGCAGGACGAGAGUUCAUCCUCAAGAUGUUUGUGGACCUGAAUCCAGACAGCGACAAGAUCAUCUACUCUCACUUCACCUGCGCCACCGACACGGAGAACAUCCGCUUCGUCUUCGCAGCCGUUAAAGACACCAUCCUGCAGCUCAACCUGAAGGAGUACAACCUGGUGUAGAGCAGAGGGGGGCUUCGACCGCAACACGCACCCACACACACACACACACACACACACACACACACACACACACACACAUGGCGUGAAAAAAUAUAGAGAAAAAAAAGGUCUAAUGAUUGCAUCGUACUAAUUUAUUUGCCAUUUGUUGAUCCCUUGGUCCCAAGAGGUAAACAAAGUAAAUGUUUUCUUGCUAUUUAAGGUGAAAAGUAAAGAGGGCAGGAGAUAUGCCAGGGUUAGAGAAGGUGCUGGGACAAACGCAGCGUGCUCCGUCCCUCCUGCCUUUUUAUAAACCCGCAGAAAAAAAAAGUUUAUUUCAUUCUUUUUUUAAGAAAAAAUAAAACCUCCGUCUUUACCUGUCGUUUCACUCUGGAUCUUCAUGGUGGGCGUUAACGUGUUUACCCAUCAGGACACCAGAUGGCAUAUUUUUAAUUGGCGGCUUCUUGCUUGGUGAAAGUGACUGGUUGGUCUUUUCCAUCAGUUAGAAAGUAUUAACUGUGACUUUUUUUCUUUUUUUUUUUUUUACAAUUAUUUCAGACUGAUCUGGUUAUUAUUAUUCUGGUACCAUUCUAAGAGAGGAGAGUGUCUCUCAGAUGUUGUGGAAAGGGCUCGAGUCAUAUGCGUAACAUUUUGCCACCAGGAACUGGCGUUAGCGUCCGCUCUCUGCUCCAUCCGGUCCAGGUGAACCAGUCUUUUUACAUCGGACUGAAACGAGCCCGGGAGGUGAUAAUUUAUGAGAAAAUAUUAUUAAAUGAUUAUGUUCAACUGUGCCACAUUAAUGCUUUUUAUUAUGGUAAUAUGUAUAUUUAUUGCCGAUGCCAAAACAAGUCAAGCAGCACUCCACUUUCACUACUUCAACGAGAAGAAACAGUGUUGAGGAGGCGAGGGAGUGGGGAUGACGAACACAGAGGGGGCAGACGGACUGAUUUCAUGUCACCGAUGCAUUGAUUCAACAGAGUCGGAUGUGUGAUCCGCCCUCCCUUCACACCAGGCCUCCUCAGCCUGGACUGACUGUCUGUCAGCCUGUUAAACAGGAGGCAUGUCCAACCCUGCGCAUGGCUGCGAGACCCCUCACCCCUCCGCCUCAGCCUCCACCUCCGCCUCCGCCCGCCGACCAUCCGGUCACACUUCAGCUGUCAUCUUUGUAACUUUCCAAUCACAGCCCGGCUGUCUUGACUGUUGUAGUGGAGAAUAAACUUGGCUCGUUCCCAUGUCAAAGGGCAGGAGCGUUGAUGUUGAGUUUGUACCAAAGUUCGCCCUUUUUUUCUUGUUUCUGAUCAGCACCUCUGAUUGGUUUCCCUCAUUCCCCGGUCACUUAGGUAUUCUUUUGUACCAGUUCCCCCGAACAUAAGCCUGUAAUUUACAUUUAUUGAGGCAUAGUGCAAUUAUGAAUGCUAUAAUCAUUGUACAUACAUCUCUCUCUAUAUAUAUAUGGCAGCAUAUUUGUUGGCUUUGUAAUCAUUACUUUUUUGGCAGAUUGAGUGUGCGGUAUUGAAAAUAUGUAUCUAUGUAAUUGUAUUGUAUGUCUAAUGGCUAAUUCAGUUUUGGAAGAAAAAAAUGUUAUCUACAUGUUGGGUUUUGUUUCCCUUUUUUUUAAGAAGAGAAUGUAAUUUUUUUUUUGUGUUCUGCCAGUUUUGUUUUAUUUUAUUUUUAGCUUUAAAAACUGCAUCCAGAGGAAUAUAAUCAUCCAGCAGCGGAUUCGUUGAAUUAUCAGUACUCACACCAGAAGUUUUUUUUGUUAAAUUGACUUUUAAGUGAGAACUUUGGACUGAAUCUAACCUACAGGGCUAAUCGUAAUAGGCUUCAGGAACAUGUAAUCUCAUCGCUCACUGAUAUUUCAUUUCUUCACACAGCUUUUCGAUCAUUUCAAACACUCUCCAGUCCUCCAUCACCUGCUCACAUAGGGAAAGUUUUAUUAAAGAAGUAGUGCCAGACAGGUGAGUUUCCGGUUUGUUGCAACACAGAUUUUUUUUUUUUUUUCAAGGAGAUUUGUUUUUGUGAUAGUGCUCACAGUUGAGGAUGCAACAGUCUGUCCACAGAUUUAAAAACAAUACUGAGCGAACAUCUAUUUUGUCAGUGCAAUGUACACAAACGUGCAAAAAGGAGGGGGAAAAUCAACCAUUAGAUCUAAUUUGAAAGGUACAUUUACUGAUGGUUUUUUUUAAAAAAAGUUUUUUUUAUUUAAUUUGCAUUGUGAUUACACCCGUCUCAUCAGAAUGUACAGUGUUAUUUUCAACUUGACUCAUGAAGCUCAAAAGAAAACACCAUUCCCGUGUACAUAUUGCCUUAUUGAAUAAGCCGUGCCUCUGGAGUCCGACGCGAGGCACCUGUGUUUUUAUGAGAAGUGAAGCUCGUCCCGUCGUGCAGCUGGAGGAAUGCUCGGUCUUGGCUUGGUGGUGUUUCUUUGUUAUUUUGUGCUACCAGGAGCCCCGGGAACAGCUUUGAAAGCAUAGCCGAUGUAGCUAAAAAUCACCACAGUUACAAGAUAUGUUAAGCACAUCAUGAGUGACUUGUAAUCAAACACACUUUCUAUUGAAUUCAUCAUGUUGACACUUCCAAUUCAUGUCUUAAAGUCCAUACCAGAAGUGCAUUACAGUGCACUGAGCUGCCUGACUCAUGGCUUUUUUGAACUCAGAAAACCAUCAGUAGCCACAUGCUGGGUGUUUCUUUGUGUUUUUGGUCAUAUUUGGCUGCGGCCUGGCGUCAGCCAGCCCUCACUUAGAGGUUCUGUUGCACUCAGAUAUUUCAGCCGGCUGGUGAAAUCACAUACCAGGAUGGCUGACGGUGGAAGUCACCACGAGUUCACUUUCAGUCCCGGCUCACAGUGAAGACCUGACAAUGUCCGCUCCCACGCAGCGGGGCCAUGUCGGACGGGCCUGUUCGCCUCACACCCAGUGUUGAAAUCUGUGCUUGUUGCCAGGGGAGGUGUUUUCGAAGCUGGACCAUACAGUUUGAACUGAACAGUGUUGUUGUAGCCUUGCAGUAAUCAGUAACUUGUGUCCCUGCAGUGGCUGUUUUUCAGUCUCUGUUACUUAAAGGGGAACUCCCUCAGAGCGAAUCUGACUUUGAAAGCACCGUCUUCUCAUGAAAACCUCGAGUGCUAACAUUUAUGCUGUGGUGUAGAUUUUUACAGAGCUAAAUUUAACUGGAAGGGGUUUCGAAUUGUAAUAGUUUAAACACAAGAAUGAGCCACAGAGGGCUGCUUCAGGCCGGCCUGUUCUCUAUACAUAACUAAAGGGAAGAGCACAGAGUCGUGUUCAGUUUAUAUUUUACAUUCAAGAGAGCAAAGAGUCCAUGUUGACCUGAUGACAACAACUGCUGAUUUCAACCUUCGCCCAGUAUGCUGGAGAGCAGUUCACUGUUAACGUCCCGUAUACUGUGAAGAAAAACAGCCUCCGAUGAAACACUUUCUCUUUCAGGCUUUCAGCUGGCCGACUCUUGGGUUUCUUUUGCCUCCAGGUUCUGAAGAUAUGAAUUUUAUUGACUCCUUUUGAAUUAGUGGUCUGGUGAUCUAUGAUCAUAAUUGUGUAAAAUGUUUCCUGUAUCCAUAAACUGGCACUUCUUCAACAAGUUUCUAAAUGAAGCAACAUGUUUCUUUUCAACUCCA